AUGAGGGAAAUCAAGGUCCAGAAGCUCGUCUUCAACAUCUCCGUCGGCGAGAGCGGCGAUUGUCUCACCAAGGCCGCCAAGGUCUUUGGAGCAACUCAGUGGCCAGACCCCUGUUUUCUCCAAAGCUCGGAGAAUGUGAAGUUUGCUACUGAAUGGGUGAAGGGGAAGCAAAUGGAGGAGGUCCUAACUAUUAAGAACACACACUGUCCAUUGGCUAAUUCCAGCAUUGAAGAAGUUGCCUCAACAGGACCUGCCUUACCAAUUAAUAUUGUGCUUAUUGUUCAAGUGUUCAAAGACAGGAAUCUGGUUACACGGCUUAUCAGAAGGGCUAAGAGGGCUGGUUACAAGGAAAUAGUCCUCACUGCUGACACUCCAAGGCUCGGGCGCAGGGACGCUGAUAUCAAGAACAGGUUUACUAUGCCACCAAGUUUGACAUUGAAAAACUUCGAAAAUUUGGAUCUUGGAAAGAUUGAUGAGACCAAUGAUUCUGGAUUAGCAUCAUAUGUUGCUGGACUAUUUGCCCGCUCUCUCAGCUGGAAGGGAUCUGUCAUUCGCUUUUCAGUAUUAAAAGCACCUGGCAUGGAUGUACUGAGGAUUUCUAUGAGUCCACCACAAGAAAUAGCAGAUGGAGUUUCAAUAUGGGAAUGGUCUGGUGCUGCCUUAGAUGAGGGAGCUGAUGCAUCAAAAUGGUUUUCGGACUAUCUUGGGAAACCUAAUCGACUUGUUCGCUUUAAUGCAGGUACAGUUUCAUGUGGUACUUUCAAAAGAGUCAGGCACUGAUUACUGAGAAUAUUUCUGACAGUGGUGGUAUAAAUUA